GUGCGGAUCUAAAUCCAGCCAUGACAUUUGACACUCCAUUCCCAACUGAUGCAGAGCACAAAUAUCAAUGUCCCCAAAACCGUCAUCUUUCUUCCUCGCUCUCUCUCUACUCAGCCUCUUCUCUAUCACCUUCUUCUACCACCACUACACCACCGCCCCGCCUCCGUUGAAAAUUUCCCAAACUACCCUCGCUGCCACCCAGAAUUCCAUCAAAGUCUACGUAUUAGACCUGCCCAGAUCCUUAAACUACGACAUUUUACGAAAAUACUGGGCUCUAAGUGAUGAUACGAGGAUUGGAAGUGAAGUGGAUAAUGAAUUCCGAAAGGCCCUUUUGCACAGAGAUUCUGGUAAAUUGCUUCCAUAUCCUGAGAACCCUAUAAUUAAACAGUACAGUGCGGAGUACUGGAUCUUGGGGGAUCUGUUGACACCGGAGGAGGUAAAGAAAGAGUCUUAUGCUACAAGGGUUUUUGAUUAUCGAGAGGCAGAUGUGAUUUUUGUUCCGUUUUUCGCGACUUUGAGUGCUGAAUUGCAGCUGAUGAUCAAUAAGAGUGUGUUCAGGAAGAAGGUGAAAGAGAAUGAGGAUUAUCAGAGGCAACGAAUAGUGGUGGAUUUGGUGAAAAAGUCCGAGGCUUGGAAACGAUCUGGUGGGCGGGACCAUGUCUUUGUUCUUACAGAUCCUGUUGCAAUGUGGCAUGUCAAAGAUGAGAUAGCUCCAUCGGUUCUGCUUUUGGUGGAUUUUGGGGGAUGGUACAGACUUGACUCUAAGGCAUCCGAUGAUAGCUCGUCAGAGAUGAUACAUCACACCCAAGUUUCACUGCUAAAAGAUGUUAUUGUGCCAUAUAUGCAUUUGCUUCCUAGGUUGCACAUAUCACAAAACCAGAAACGGCGCACCCUUCUUUAUUUCAAAGGAGCUAAACAUAGGCAUCGGGGUGGACUUGUUCGUGAAAAGAUAUGGAAUUUAUUGAUAAAUGAACCUGGAGUUAUAAUGGAAGAUGGCUUCCCCAAUGCCACUGGAAAGGAGCAGUCAAUAAGAGGAAUGAGAAUGUCAGAGUUUUGUUUGCACCCUGCAGGGGACACACCUACAUCGUGUAGACUUUUUGAUGCCAUCCAAAGUCUCUGUAUACCAGUCAUUGUUAGUGACAACAUAGAGCUUCCAUUUGAAGGAAUGGUGGAUUAUUCAGAAUUUUCUGUAUUCGUGGCAGUAAGUGAUGCAUUGAGGCCAAAUUGGCUUUUAAGCCAUCUUAGAAGCUAUUCUGAAGAACAGAAGGAUGGAUUCCGGAAAAAAAUGUCUCAGGUUCAACCCAUCUUUGUGUAUGAUAAUGGUCACCCAGGUGGCAUUGGCCCAAUACCUCCAGAUGGUGCCGUGAAUCAUAUAUGGAGAAAGGUUCACCAAAAAUUACCCUUGAUUAAAGAAGCCAUUAUCCGCGAGAGAAGAAAACCUACAGGUGUUUCGGUUCCUCUUCGCUGUCAUUGUACUUGAAUGUAUUACUAUGGAAUUUUGUGAUUUUCGUAACUUUAUAAUUGUGUCUUCGUACCAAUAUAUUUUCUUUACACUCCUUUAUUCCAUUUCAAAAAACUCCGAUUACACGACUGCAGAAUGAUUGCAUAUAAUUCUAGAGAUGUUUGAUUUGGUAGGGAGAAUGCUUAUUGUGUAUGCCCAUUAUCUGAUUACAUGAUAGCAAAAUCAUUGCUCAAGAUAUUAUAAAUGCUUGAUUUAGUGUGAAAUAUGCUCAUUUCGUAUG